AUGUCUGUGGUGGUGAGGCUGGCGGCGCUGCUGGCCGCGCUGCUGGUGGCGGCGGGCGGCGCGCGCGCCUCCGUGACCGUUGUGCAGAUGCAGUUGGCCUACGAACAGGUCUACGAGCUGCAUCUGAACAGCUCCGUAGAGUACAUAUUAGAUGUUGCCACCGCGGGCGGCGCGUCGCACCUGCCGAGCCUGGUGUGGGUGCACAGCGACGGCGGCGACAGCGCGCACCCCGUGUUCGUAACCGCGCGCGUGCCCACCGGUACGUACCUCCAUCCUCGUCUUGUGUGCUUAAAGCUUAUUAUGGGAAUAUUUAUACCAGGUGACAUGAACCAAUGUCUU